AUGGCUUCUGCUCCAACAUUAGCUCCAUCCUCGAAGGAGACGACUAAUUAUGCAAGAUUAUGUCGCCUUUUAGUAGAUGGAGGCGCCAAGGCCUUGAGAUACACAUUUGACAAAAUCCACUCCCCAGCAAACCUGUUUAAUGUUUUGAAAGCUGGUUCUGCGGAACAUUCAACGCUGCAGUCCCUUAAAAGGAAGAGAAUCAUCAAUGCUACACAAUGGGGUGAGCUGUAUCCGUCUCCUCCUUCAUCUGUAACAUCAGAAAACUUUGACAUCACGCUACUGACGGUGCUACUGAGGAACAUCUGUGGUCUAGCUGCCCCUGCCACAGGCUGGGAUAGUCUGCCACCUGCUUCAGACACCAGUGUUGAGGCUAACAUAGCCAGAGUAAAGUACUAUAGGAACUCGGUCUAUGGGCAUGCCAGCCAGGCGUCUGUGGACAAUCCAACAUUUAAUUCCUUGUGGCAGGGUGUAAGUGCCGCACUGGUUGUACUGGGUGUAGAUGCAGCUGCUAUCAGAAAACUAAAAACUGAGACUAUGGAUCCAGAUACAGAGAAGCAUUACCGAGAGCUCUUAAAGGAAUGGAAGAAAGACGAAGAUAACAUUAAGGACCAACUUAAUAGAGUGGAAGGUAUUAACUAAUAGAGGUUUUGAAGUGUUUUCUAUUAAUAGUACUACAUAGGUUGGUUUUUCUUUCUGAGCUUAAAUUUACUAAAAUAUUAUAAUAACGUGUUGGUGGGGCUGAAAUGAAAGCUUGGAAUUAGACAAAAUAUACUUUUUCCCUAUAAAAACACAUUUAACAACCAUAAAGUGACAUAUGAAGACCUACAAACAGGUUCAAUGUUACGUCAAGGCCGUGAUUCUGUAACUGAGCGAGUUGCAGCGAUGUAAACUUUACACAAAAAAGCAAAAAAAAAAAUGUUUCUUCCAACAAACUUUGUUUGCAACAACAAAAGUGGGCACGAAUCCCAGGCGAGUUAGUUAUUUCUAGUAACCACUGGACCGGCUUUUGUAUGAUCUGAAGAAUUAGCCAGAUCCAGGCGGAUAACACUCUCCGAGAUCUGCAUAAUUCUGUGAAUCCGAAUCCGACCAAAAAAAUAACACGUUUUGCGUUAAUAAGGUAAAAACAACCUCAUAACACCCUCAGAGAUCUGCAUAAUUCUUCAGAUCACACUUAGCCUAAUUCAAUGAUAGCUAAUUAUCUCAGCUGACAAGUUGAACACUGAUUUUUGAUGUUUUCUGAUUUUUUUGGUUAAACUCACAGAGCUGAUGAAAAAUGAAAUGGGAAACAUGAGCGAGAAGCUGGAGGCUAUGAGAAAUUCCAUUACUGAGAAUGGAGGUCAGUUUCCAAAAAAUGAAUUUCAAGCUAAAUUUAAUAAUUCUUUGAGUCAGGAAUUUUGCAUUUUAUAACUUUUCAACUUUACCGUGAGAAACAAACCAUAUCGUUUUCUCUUUAGAUAAAACCAGAGAACAGGUGAGAGGUGAAAUGGAAAAUAAUAGCGAGAAGACAACUGAGGAAGGAAUGUUAAUUCCAAAUUCCAUAACUUGGGCAUCCUUUCUUUUGAUUACUAUCUUUCAGUCAGCUAUUACUAAUGUGAUGGCGAGUGUCAAAAAACUGCCACUUAAAAGCUUUAAUAAUCUUAGAACUAUCGUAACUUAAAAUAGGCGUCUGGAAAAUCAGGAAACCGGAGUCCGGAAAAGGAACAAUAGGAAAAAGAACCGGAAUGGGGACGGGUGUUGGACGCAGAAUAACACUGAUUGGGAACCGAUAUAAGCCGGACAGAAACGUCAUAUAAACUGAUUGAAUUAAAUUCUCACGUAACUUUUAACUAAUUUACACAAAAAGAAAGAAAAAAACCGCCUUAAAAAGGAACAUAUUUGUACCUAGAAAUAUUUUAUAAGGGCUUGUUACACGAGGCGAUUUGCAACGUCGAAUUGUCGGGUAACAAUGUUGUGACAAUAUUGCGACAAUUGAAAACAUUUUCGGAACAUUUUUAUGACACUCAAAAUCGUCGUUGCGAAUCAUCCCGUGUAACAUCGCCCUUAGUCUGCGAUCCUUUCCUCCCUUUAUCUCCACUCGUCCGUUGCAGGAAGGGAGGGAUAAUACAUUUAUUUUCAGUGUUGGAUCACAUGGAAACGAGACGCCCAGUGGUGCUAGAUAUAUUGUACGGUAUUCAAACCUCAAGUUUGAGAGACAGCCAAACGCUUUAAGAAAAUAGUACGCCUCGUCUCAUUCAAAAUAAGACCACCAGCCCAACCUCUGGCCUCUUUCAACUGACUGCAUUGAUGGUGGAAAUGAAAACGUGUCACGUGUUAAAAGUAGAGAAAGGUUAAUUAGAUUCACUUCGCAAUUAAUCCGCUUACAUCUUGCGACCCCGAAAUCUUAAAGAUGUUACAUUUUACCGGAGUUUCCAUCUCCGCACGUUAUAUUUCGUCCACAAUGCAAAUAUAUUGCUAAAAAGGUUGGAAACAUCUACCAUGAGUAGUUUAAGAUUCGCUCAAGUAUCCCAUUUGUCUCACCAGUACCUGUUCCCUUACUCGAUGCAAAACUUAUUAUAAUAGUAUAUCUCAAAUCACAUCCCCCUCUUUCAAAAUCCAACAUGCCAGCAAGGGGCCAGCUUUAUAAAUUUACUUGAAUGUGUGGUCGUUUAAAAAAUUUUGGUAGAUAGAAAACGAGCUGACGACGCGCUCAAAAUCACCUGAAAGAAAACAGCCAUCUUGAGCUGAAAUGGAGGCAUCGUCGUCACUAUCUGAAGGCUAAGAGAGGGCUGGAGCCUGAAGGCUAUUAAAGAAGUGGUCCCCCUGUGGUCGAUUCUUUUCUUAUCAACUCUUGGUCAUUAUUGCUACUUGUUCUUAUUGAGUUAUUAACUGAAAACCAUCUCUGUUUUUACAGGUAGCUACACUUUAUGUCUUAUCUCACAGCAAAAUAUCAUCGUUUAUUUCGUCUUUUUUCUUCCUUCCCUUUCCUGUUGUGAAUUCCGAAUGUCUGUUUCCUGGCUUUCCAGACAUCCACUUUAAAUUGUCCUCAAUGAAAGUUGUGCGAUGAAAGUUUAAUUCUGUUAAGUAUAUAUUUCCUGACAGAUAGAACAAGAAAAGACUUGAAGCAGAUCAAUGAGAUGCUGAAGACUUCGGUCUCUGAGCCCAAAGAGGAAGGUCAGUUUCCCCAGACUGUAGCCCGCUAGAAAUUUAAAGUAUACGUCUAAAAGAACUGUUAAAGGCAAGUAUUACUGAUCGAUCGGUGAUCGUUUGUCUCACAGGUGUCGCUCCCGGGCUCUUGGGUCCCAAAAACCGUUGAAAAAAUAGAUGGAGGUUAUAGGUGACCGUGAGUCCUCAAACACCCUAACCUAAAGUUCAUAAACAGUAGUCCUUUUUCCCUGCUUUUCGCAAUUUUCAGUGGUCUGCUAACCUUUGCCCUUAUUGAAGCUCCCCCCCCCCUCCCCCCCACCCCCCCCACUAGUUUGGAAUGUUUUACGCUUGCUUUCGAGGCCUAGCACGUUGGCUAAAGGAGAUAAUUAAUAAAAGCUAAGUUUUGUCUAGCAAUCGCCUUUUCCAGGCUUUGUUAUACCUGUAGUUCAAUUUAUUUGUUUUAGGGACUUGGAAACUAGCAAACCUACCAAUUUUGGACAAAAUAAUAUCUACAACAAAGCUUGGUUCUCAUUUAUUCUCAACAGUUGAUUUGGUUGGCGACCAUAUUGAAAUCAUUCGCCAGAAGUACAAACGUCAUGAGGGAUGGCUCGCGCCCUUUCCUUGGUGCGAAGACUUUCAGUUCCAACUAAGCGAUAUUUAUACACGGCUUCGUAUGGUCAACAGAGAGAAAAAAGCGAGAGCAACAGCAGAGCAAAGAGUUGUUGAAACGACUGAAAUCUUCAAUCCCCACGAAGAAUGCAAACAACCUAGAAAAGUGUUGAUUGAAGGAAUGCCAGGCAUGGGAAAGACGACAUACUGCAAUAAGGUUGCUUACGACUGGGCUAUAAACAUAAAAAAAGGAGAUUGCUGUCCGGAAUUUGAGAUGGUGCUCUUGCUGAGAUGCCGUGAUGUCGAGAUCGAGUUCGACCUUUGGGAAGCCAUUGACGAUCAGCUUUUACCAAGCGAAAUUCAACGAAAGGAAAGAGAGAAAUUCUUUGAGUUCAUCCAGCAAAAUCAAUCAAAGGUUUUACUGAUACUUGACGGAUUAGACGAGUUACCCUCGAGCAAACUGACGGACUUUACAGACAUCAUACAAGGUAAAAUGCUUCCUCAAUGUCACCUUGUGGUUACAGCGCGACACGAGGCAGGGAUACCUAUGAGAAAGGUUUGUGACACUCUGCUAGAGAUGGAAGGUUUCACUUAUCAAGAUAGCAAAGAAUAUAUUCACAAAUAUUUUGCCGGUAAGGAAGAUUUGGCCGAAAAGCUAUUGGAUAAAAUACAGAAUGAAAAGAGGCUUAAAGAGAUGACGGCGAAUCCAUUAAACACUGCACUGCUUUGCCUUCUUUGUGAAGACUUUCAAGGUAUUUUUCCUGAAAGCAGAACUCAGUUGUAUAUGGAAAUAGUACAUUGUGUUCUUGUUAGAUACAGGAAAAAGAAAGGUCUUCUAGUCGAAAAUGAGGAUCUGAUUAAAAUCUACAACGACGAGUUGAAACUCCUUGGCUUGCUAGCUUUAAACGGCCUGUAUGAAGACAACAUGUACUUUGAGGACAAAAAGCUUGCAAAAAAAGAUGCCGACUUACCUGGACUUGGAUUUCUAUCAGCUCAACCUGGAAGCAGCAAACGAAGACCGUGUAUGUGCUACGGCUUUACGCAUAAGAGUUUUCAAGAAUUCUUCGCGGCACAUUGUCUUUGUUGCCAACUUGUUAGCAAAGAAACCAGUCCUGAAAUAUUGGUCACUGACACCAGAUAUUUCGGAGAGCUAAGAGAGGUGUUGAAAUUUACCUGUGGUCUCCUAGCAGUAAGAUCCAAAGAAAUUGCAGACGCUCUUAUCAUCAGUAUAACGAAUAAAUUAAACAACGAAAACGUCAAAAACUGUUUUCCUGUGGCAGUGGAAUGCAUUAAAGAAAGCAAAAUUGAAAGCAGUAAUCUUCACAUGGAACUGGCCCGUACCUUUGGCGCAUGUCUGGCACUUCAACAUGGAGGGAUCAUAAGUGAAGGUCUAGAUGACGCUGCUGCAGCUGUGAUUGCUGCCGUGCUUGAAGCAAACACAACUCUGACAAAUUUGCAUUUGUCCAUCAAUAACAUUGGUCCUGCCGGUGCGGAGUCACUUGCUACAGCGCUAAAAACAAACACAACUCUGACAAAUUUAGAUUUGUCCAUCAAUAACAUUGGUCCUGCCGGUGCGGAGUCACUUGCUACAGCGCUAAAAACAAACACAACUCUGACAAAUUUGUAUUUGUAUCAAAACAACCUUGGUCCUGCCGGUGCUGAGUCACUUGGUACAGCGCUAAAAACAAACACAACUCUGACAAAUUUGAAUUUGUCUCUCAAUAACAUUGGUCCUGCCGGUGCGGAGUCACUUGCUACAGCGCUAAAAACAAACACAACUCUGACAAAUUUGGAUUUGUCUCUCAAUAACAUUGGUCCUGCCGGUGCGGAGUCACUUGCUGCAGCGCUAAAAACAAACACAACUCUGACAAAAUUGCGUUUGCCUCACAAUAACGUUGGUCCUGCCGGUGCGGAGUCUCUUGCUACAGCGCUAAAAACAAACACAACUCUGACAAAUUUAAAUUGUGUUUGGUAA